AUGUGCAUUAAAAAGAAAGUCCAGCAGCCUGUGGAACAAACUGCUCCACCGCCGGUUGAGCCGCCGGUUGAACCGUCGGUUGCGACUGCCCUUCCGCAGUCUCCGGAGAAAAAGAAAUCGGUCGAUCUUGCUGACCGCUCGACUUACACCGCCAAAAGUGAUUUGUUCCCUGAAGAAAAGACUCUCAAGGUAAUUUAUUCACUUUUUUCUGAAUUUUAGGUGAUAACCUUACAAGUUUUAUGCGAAACUUCUAAGCUUUACGUAUAAAUGCCAAAUGCUUUGAUGCCACAGUCUGAUUUUGGAGUUCGGCAAUUUUUUUGAUGAAUUGUUCGAUCCAACGACGGAAAUGAGUCAAAUCGGAUCGAAUGUCGCCGAGAAAAAGACGGGCCAAGUCUCUCUUAUUUGUUUUGUUCGCAACUUUUUGAAUCUACAUAUUUUGCUUUUGUCAUCAUUUUUGGGAACAGAGAGAUCUCGGACGACUUUGAAGUGAGGUCGUCAGUUUUUUGUAGCAGAUAAUUAGUAUUGUCAAUUUCUUGUAUUGUGAUUUGAAGGCGGGUAAUUAAAAAAUCUAACGCUGAUCCGCGAAGAUAAUUUGAAUAGGACAUCGGUCCAAUUGUUAUUUCCGUUUGCUGAGGCAAGCGUUGUGCUGAACCUUAGGGUUCAAAUUGGGCUCAUACCACGAGACAUCGCAGCUACAACUGUAAACAGCCAAGGUUUUUAACAUGAAUAACUUAAUUUUCAGGACAAGAUACACAAGACGAUCCCGAAAGUGAAGAAGCGGAAUACGGAUGGAAAAACGAUUGAAGAAGAUGCCGCGAAUGUGACCGGUGCGCUGAAUGGCUUAGGCCAUAAUGCUGCUCCUGUACAAUUCAAGAGGCUUAUGGAGUCGGCAAGGGCGAAACCCAAACCUGUUGGGAAAAUAAAAAAGGGUAAAAUUUUUGACAUUUUUCCUGUGAAUCCUUGUAAAAUAUACAUUUUAUUAACUAACCAGAGAAAAUUAUUUUUAUAAAAAAACAUUAACAAAACGCAAAUGUUAACUAACAAAAAACGCGCCAAUAAAACCGCCGGAUAAUUUUGAAUCAACCUAAUAUUUUUAGGGGAUACGAAGUUCAGUCCCAAAAAGCCGACGGGAAAAUCGCCGGGGAAGAAAACUUGUGAAGAAGAUACUCUGCAUCCUAAACUUGCGGUAAGAGGGCAUUUCAAUUUUUUUUUGGAAUUUAUUGGCGUUUUAAUUAGAUUGUGGUGGGCAUUCUGAUAUCUACAUAUUUUUGCGAUUUCCAGAAGGAAAAGACUGCGGAAGGUGAUGUUGUCGAGGAGGGAGAUGGUUGUGAGACUCCAGGUCCAAAUGAAGAGUUCGUCGAAGAUGAAGAGGGAAGUGCGGGUGACGAGAAUUGGAUGUACUCGGACAGCGAAAUGGGAAAAUAA